AUGCGGUACACAUUUAUAUAUUGUGCUCUACUAGGAUAUGCAGUAAUUUUCAAGUUUUCCAACUUUGUCUGCGAGAGCUACAACAAAUCGUGGUUCGAGUUUCACGAGUGUCGCCUGAAGGCCGUAUCUCGGGAGAGAGUGAUCCUAAAUAUGAACGGAACUAUUCUGCAUCCCGUAAAUAAUGCCCACACAGAGGGCAAGGUGUUCAAAAGGGAAAGCGGCUUUAAGCCGUGGCUUAUGGAGUCUAGAGUGGAUGCCUGCCGUUUUAUGCGAAAGAGCUACAACCCAAUAGCUAAAUUAGUCUUUGGUCUCUUCAAAGAAUUUACCAAUAUCAACCACACAUGCCCUUACGUGGGCCCACAAGUUGUUAGAGGAUUUUAUCUGAAACCUGAACUAUUGCUUCUUCCAUUUCCAAGUGGCGAAUAUAUGUUAUCCCUGAGAUGGUUCUUUGACCAGAAACUGCAAUUUGAUACCAAUGUCAGUUUUGUGUUCGUCGAGGAUAUAAUGAAAGCAUGA